AGGCGUGGGUGUUUAAUUUUUUUUUGGGUCAUCCCAAUCCAUGGCGGCAUUGAACUUUGGCUUAAGUUAACCUGGUCUUGGAUUUAGGCCUAGGCCACUGGCACAGCGGGUAAUGAACCCAUAAUCGCCGGACAUUAGGCAUUAUGCUACACGUGCGCGGUCGACGAGAGAUAAAUUUGAUGUUAAUUAAAGCCAGCCGAGGACUCCAUUUAAUUAAAAGGGACGAAAGUGAAAUCAGAGAAAGCGAAAAGGGAAAGCGAAACAGAAACAGAAAUAGAAAACAUGGCAGAGAGUGCCAAAACAUAUUUCAAUAGUGGACGCUCCCCUGACACACAAAAAUGGGGGGAAAACCGUAGAAUUUCGCGAUUUUCCUUUAUCAACCCUUGCAUGUUUGAUUUUCAUUUACAUGGCCAGGCCAAGAAUACAAGGUGACUCAAUAUGUCCAGCGCUAUACACACACAUUCCGAGGCACUCAAACGCCCACACAGACACACACACACACUCGCCCACGACGCCAUCUAAAUGGACAUUCGAAGUCCUGGCUGGUUACGCCCGGAUACGGCGUUGUUAUCACAUGCCGCUGGCGAUUUUUACACUCAUUCGUCUUCGUUCCAACUGGGCGAGGAAGUCGGUGAAGCCAGUGAGCCAGUGGGUCCUGUUUCCCUCCAGUGUCCGUUUAAAUUCCUUGGCUUGUGCGGGUGUGCGUGUGUUUGUGUGUGUGUGUGUGUGGGUUUUGGGCACGUUUUGGCUUUGAUAAGUUGCCCACUGGGUGGGUCGGAUGGUCCUCCCUCUGUCCGUUCUUCAUUCAUAUUCAUUCAUUAUUAGAAAAAUUUAACUUUCGCUCGCUGUGGCCAGCUCGUUCCACCUGUCUGUGUGAGGUCCUUGCUGGUGAUGGUGAUGGUGAUGGCGAUGGCAAUGGCGAUGAUGGUCUUUUGCGCCUUGCUGUUCUGGCCAGCCAGCUAAGCCGUUCAGUCUGCGCACAAGGCUGCUCCAAAGCGCUACGGCGGCUAACUGGCUAAAUCAGAAGCACAAAAUCAGUGACUUGUUGUCCAUUAGAGGCACUUUCUUUGAGAGGAGAUACAGCUAAGAGCCACUCAUAAAUCCAAAAUAAUUACAAGUGUAAUAAAUAAAUGAGCAAUUUGGAGUGAAAGUUUCUCUGCACGCAAAGAGUGGCAGUGUGAUUGGAGUAAUUAGCUGUCCCGGUACAGCACUUGGAAAUAAGUUGAGUUAAGCUUUCGCCAUCAAUUCGUAGAACAACUCGGGAGUCACCUCGCCCCACCAACUGUCUGUGACCUGGGCACCGCCAUGCGACCUGAAUAGAGGUGGCUGGCAAAUGCAGAGCAGCGCCGAUGCCAAGAGGGAAUUCUACAAAGGACAAAGGGGCAGAAGACUUUCCAUUGCAAAACCAAAGCAGCGACGCCGAGAGCAGCCACCACGAGCCCCACUUCGUCCAGCAUCCACCAGGGAUUGGAUUCGAGAAUGGCGGCGGCAUCGGCGGCGGAGGCGGCGACGUUGAUGUUGAUGUCGACGACGAGGAGGACUACUCAAUUUCCGUAUCGGCAAUAAUGCAGAGACGUGCCAGUGUGCGCGGAUAUCGGGGCAAGCGCGGCAGCCGCAGUUCGCGACGGGCAUCCAGUCCCAUGGAUCACGUGCUGGAUAGUGUGGAGCGGCGACGCUCCAGCGUCUAUACGACAAGUUCAGAGGAGGGCACCAAUCAGGAGUCCACGCAAGAGCAAAUCUUUGAGAACAUCCGCCUGCACAAGGAGGUCAUACAGUCGGUGAAGCUACAGCCAUGGCCCAUCCGCAAGAAGCUCAAGUUGGUGCGGCAGGCCAAAACAUAUGUGGCACGCCACGAAGGCGCGCUCCAGGAGCGAUUCGCCAUGUCACGCAGCACCCGGGACUUGUGGGCGAGGUUUAAAAUUUUAAUGGCGGCAAGAUGGCGGCACUGGAAGCGGGAGACGACCAGCUUCCUUACCGUCCUCAUUCCCUGGGAGCUGCGCAUCAAGGAAAUCGAGUCGCACUUUGGGUCCGGCGUGGCCUCCUACUUUACAUUCCUGCGCUGGCUCAUGUGGGUCAAUAUCAUGAUUGCCAUUCCGCUGGUCGCCUUUGUCAUUGGCCCGGAGUACUUUGCCACCAAGCACGGUGAAACGGAUCCGAGGAAAAGGAUGUCCGACCCGGAGGCGCGAGUGGCCGGCAACCUUUUCACUUUCUGGGAGUUCGAAGGAUACCUGAAAUAUUCACCAAUGUUUUAUGGAUACUAUUCAAGCACAUCCGGCAUUAGCACGUCCGGUUAUAAGCUACCCUUAGCCUAUUUCCUCACCGCCGUUCUGGUCUACAUCUACAGCUUUGUGGCCACGCUGAGAAAAAUGGCGGAAAACUCGCGCAAUUCGAAACUUUCCUCGAAGGACGACGAGUGCGUCUUCUCGUGGAAGCUCUUUACCGGCUGGGACUUUAUGAUUGGACACGCGGAGACGGCCCACAAUCGCAUCGCAUCCGUGGUGGUGGGCUUCAAGGAGGCCCUGCUCGAGGAGGCCGAGAAGAAGAAGGAUAAUCGCAACUGGCGGGUGAUACUCCAGAGGAUACUGGUCAAUAUCCUGGUGAUGGGACUGCUGGGUUUGUCGGGGGCCACAGUCGUCCUGCUGGUCAAUCACUCCGAGGAUUUGGCCAAGCACGACAACUGGCUCAGUCGCAAUGCGGUGAACGUGACCAUGACCCUGCUCUCCUUCUUCCUGCCCAUGAUAUUCGAGGCACUGGGUCUGUUUGAGAACUGGCAUCCCAGGCAACAGCUGCGAUUGCAAUUGGCACGCAUUAUGAUCCUGAACAUGCUGAAUUUGUAUUCGCUGAUGUUCUCCUUCAUCUACAAGAUCAACAGCAAGGAGAAACCGCUGCAGAUGCUAAAGAUGGAAAACGAAACGAAUACCAUGGAGCUGAGAAAUCUGCUGAGUUCAAUAGAGGCAUUAAAGGCCAUGACUCCGUCUCCUUCCCUGUUUAGUGAGACUACAUCGGAUGGUCUGUUUGAUGAUAAUAAUGGCAGCUCCACCGAUGGCAUAUUUUCAACCACAGCCGCUGCCGCUUUGAUCUCCACCACCGUGCAGCGUCUCAAGUGCUAUAACAUGACUGUGAAAUGCUCAAAACCACGCACCAUCUUCAAUGCUAAGAACUUGGCCACCACUCUGAUGGUUUUCAAUCUGACCACGCCAGCCAUGGUGCCCACCUUGCCCACAACAUUGCCCACCACAAUACCUUCGACUUUGAGUACUUGGACAACCACGGAGACAACCACACCCACAACCACUUCACCCUGGACCACUUUACCGCCCUUGACAACAACCAGUGAGGCAACCACAACGACUGAAAGAACCACAGCAGCACCCACAACAGCUACUUUACUAACAACCACUGCCGAAGUUGUUAAUGUCGUUCCCAAUACUACAACACCAAUAACUAAAAUCUCAACAACGCAUCUUAAUAUUCCAAAUUCAACAACUACAACUGCGAUUCCCAACUCAACAACUACUAUUGGAGUUUCUGACCCAUCAACUACUAUUGCAAUUCCAAACUCAACAACUAAUAGUGCAUUUUCAAACCCAACAACUAUAACUGCAAUUCCAAACUCAACAACAGCUCCAAACUCAUCAACUAAUAUGGCAACUUCGAGCACUAUUUUGGCAACCAGCAGCACCACAAAAUUAACUACCACUACAACCACAAGCACGACCGAAAAACCCAAGUCAGACGAUAACUUUUUCUACACCACUGGGGAUGAUGAGGGCUCCUAUGACUAUGGCAGUGAUGAGCCACAUGCCUCCGCCUCAGAUGCAACAUCAGAUGCUCCGGAAAUUAACAACUACUCAGAUAUAACAGAUUACUCUUCGGCACCCUCUGAUACAGAAGAUUUCGAUGAGCAGGGGAGUACCGACCAGGUGGACGAUCCACUAGCCAAAGUCUUAGAGCAAGUGGAUGAAGAGGAGCCGAAGAGCCGCCGUAAAAGGGCAGUGGGUGAUCCACAUUUCUGGCGCUCUAGUAAGUACAGCAGACGACAUCGCAAUGAUUCGGCGGUAUCUGCUAGCCAGGCUGGUGAAACCACUGAGGCGGGAAGUGCCACGCCCAGUCGGUGGCCCAAUUAUUGGCCGCCCUAUAGACCAACCACUCCGAGCACCACUACAACAAAAAGGACGCUGACUGGGAUUCUCAGCAAAGAGGAGUGGGAAAAUCUUAGGCGACUUAGAAAUAGGCAAACCACUUCAACAAGUACUAGUACGACAACAACAACAACAACGACUAGAAGGCCCUGGAAAAGACUUCCAACAGCAAGCACCACCGAAGAGGAUGUAUUUACCACCGAAUCGACGAGUUCAGAGAGCACCACUUUCGAAAGCAGUAGUAGUAGUAGCAGCAGCUCCACCACAGAAGAAGAUGAAUUUUCCUCCACGGAGGGAUCAGUCAAGACCACCUACUACAUAGGCAAUGUGGAUUUAUCUGAGUUCGGGAGUACCAGCUAUUUCGACGAGGACAGCGAGUCCCUGGAGGAGUGUGUGAUUACCAUUUGCCCCAAGGGAGACGACUUUUUCGGCAGCACCACUGAAAGCGCGGAUGGCACCACCCCGAGUGGCGACUCCAAGCAGCUAACCACCGUGAAACUGACGCCGCUGGAGCAGAAGCAAAAGCGUCUGAAGGAGGUGCAGCUGGCGAUUAAGAAGAUACAAACCAAUUUGACUACCAUGUGUUGGGAAACCUCGCUGGGCCAGGAGCUCUCCAAAGUCAUCGUCUUCGACGGGCUGAUGUCCAUUGUGGCGCCCCUGUGCAUUGACUUUCUGCGCGCCCUGUUCGUCCGGUAUGUCAAUCAAAACUGGUGCUGGGACAUGGAGAAGACCUUUCCCCAGUACGGCGACUUCAAGAUAGCCGAGAACAUCCUGACGUUGAUUAAUAACCAGGGCCAGGUGUGGAUGGGCAUAUUCUUCUCGCCGGGCCUGGUGCUCAUCAACCUGGUCAAAUUGAUGAUCAUGAUGUACUUCCGUUCGUGGAUAGUGCUCACCUGUAAUGUGCCCCACGAGGUGGUCUUCAAGGCCUCCAAAUCGAACAAUUUCUACCUAUCGCUGCUGUUGACCAUGCUAUUUCUUUGUGUCCUGCCCGUGGGAUAUGCCAUUGUCUGGCUGCGUCCCUCCUGGCACUGUGGACCCUUCUCGGAGUACAAUCGGAUAGCUGAGUUUAUCACCAACACAACGAGAAAUGCUCUGCCAAAACAACUGCAUGAGCCCCUGGACUACAUGACCUCGUCGAGCACUGUGAUUCCGCUGCUGCUGCUGCUCAUCCUCAUCAUCUACUACCUGGUCUCCCUGACCGGAGCUCUGCGCGAGGCCAAUCAGGACUUGCGAACUCAAUUGCAGAAGGAGCGCGAGGAGGAGCGCAAGAAGAUCUUCAAGGUGCCGGAGGUCAAGCAGGCGGAACCCACGGCCACCACGUUGACAAAUCGCUGGCGCAAAGUCCUGGAGGCCAGCUCUCCGGUCACGCCCACCCAAGCGCCAGAUUUCGACACGGAGGAGUACAAGAAUCAGGCCCGGAAAGAGCUAAUCUCACGCAUCAUGAAGAAGGCGCUGCGCAAGGGCUCGGCCACCUCCGACGAGGACUCGUUUGUGCGGCGGGAUGACGACGACACGGACACCGAACACCAGGACUCGCUGCCCCAUGACGAGGAGGCCAAGGACAAGCGCUUCGGCCUGUCGCGAUUGCAGCAGAUCCGGCGCACCCGCAAGCCCUCGCUGGUGGACAUCGUACAGAUUGCCAAGCAGGAGCGAGCCCGCACUGGAUCCAUUGUGGCUGGGACUAGCUCUGCGGGACCAACUAGCAAUUUCCCUUUAAAGGAGACCCAUCCCAAGAGUCGCUUUAAGGUGGAGAAACACGAGCGCAAGGAUAGGGGUAGUGUGAAGGAGAAAAAGGACACCAAACACAAGCAGUCACAGCCACAGCCGCAUCCACAUCCGCCACCCUAUGAAUCGCCCAAGGACAAUGAACAUGAUCCGGAUACAAAUUCAAGGAUUGUCAGCGAGCGCCGAGCCAGUUUGCUAAGGCGAAACCAGAAGCAGGCGGAGGAGGAGCCCACCACCCCAGAACUCGCGCCGCAAACACCCACUUCGAGAGACAAGGAAGCGGAGCCGAGUGCCGAGGAAUCCAGACCAGAAACUUCCCCUCUGGCCAAGAGCAAAUUCCACAUAGUUGACGAAAAGAGGCCGCCGCAGGAGGUCGAAGACAAGCCCUUGCCGCCGGCCAAGGAAAGUGAAAGUGGCCGAGGCGGAAGCCUGGGCAAGUUCAAGUUUCGCAAAAACAAAUUCAAGUCAAAUAGUGCGGUGGCCAAGCCGGAGCCCGAAGUUUUCAAGUUCGAUGAGCGAUGUGUGGAGAAGAGCACGGAUGUGCCCGCAUCUCCCGCUGCGGAGCACCUGCACAGCGAGCUAUCCGGCGGGGAGGAGCCGGAUCGGAGUCUGCCCUCGCCUACGCCCAGCCAAGGUCAGAGUCAGGGUCAAGGUCAAGGUCACCACCAGCGACAGCUGUCUGUCCUGUCGCGACAGGGACGCAAAAAGAUAGGCAACCUGCUAGCCCUGGUUCGCGAGGCAGUGAAUCUGAAAAAAGACGAUGCAGAGCAGGGAUCGGAUGAGUCGCCGGGCCCGACCACGCCCACUUACCUGGCCUACACACCGCCACCACCCCCAUCAGUAUUGUCCAGCGUGUCCAGUUCGACGGCCCUGGAAAUGCCACCCACUCCAGAGCCGGAAUCGCCCACGCCCAGUGCACCGCUGCAUUUUGGCAGUAGCACAUCCUCUCGUCCGCCCACCAAGCCACCCAAGCCACCAGUGGUGCCCGCAUCGGCCACUGCUCCCACGGCCACCAUGGACGAUCUGGAGGAGCUGGACAUGGCCGGACCUAUAACGUUCCCCAAGCGAAGCGAUUCCCAUCGACGACGCACAAUGCGACAGGACUCGCAGAGUUCCAUUUGGUCGGACAACAUACCCACCAUUACGAUUAGCACCACCGGCAGCGAUGAGUGCAUUGUGGAUGCAGCUGCUCCGCAAAAUGGACUGCCCGAGUCGCGAAGUACUUCGCCGGGACCCACGGUCAAUAUUAUAAAGAUUGACAUUGAGAAGGAGCAGGGACAAUGAUAAGCCUGCUGAAGAAGUGCCUUCAACGCCAGAUUGUCUUCUUAAUUAAAGAAAUUAGCAUUCUUCCUACUCUAAUUAACUGUUUAGCUUGAAUCUUGUUCUCUAGCAUUUUUGGAAAAUCUCUCGGUCUAUAAAACAUAAUGAUAUUUCAUACAUUAGUUUAUUUCCAUAAGAAACUAUUAUAAUAAACCAUUCUAUA